AUGGUCAGCAAGAAUCUAUCAACACAAGAAAGAAACAAGAUAGUCCAGUUUCUACUUUCAAACUUGAAGAAUGGAAAGCCUCGUUACGGCGCCAUGAAGGAGGUUUCUUCCCUCUUCAACUCUUCACAACGCACCAUCACUCGUCUUUGGGCCGCUGCGAAGAAACAAAAGAAAAACGGUGAGGAAAUAUAUUUAAGAAGUGCCAAACCAGGGGCAGCAAAGAGGAAAAGAGUUACCGUCGACAUAGAGCUAAUUCAAAGCCUAGAGCUACACAAAAGAUCAACAAUUAGGAGACUUGCAGUGGGGAUUAAUCAAAGUAAAAGCACUAGUUUGGAGGUGGGUAAACCAGGGGCUGAUCAGAGCGCAUUCAAGUUUUCAUUAGAAGCAUUAGAAUUUGAUCGCAUUGUGAUGGCGUUGAAGUUUAAGGCUACGGAGAACAUUGUUCAUAUAGAUGAAAAGUGGUUCUAUAUCACAAAGGUGGCACACAGAUUUUACCUCACACCGGCCGAGGGAGAUCCUCACCGAACAUGCAAGAGUAAGACUUUCAUAAAGAAAGUUAUGUUUAUAUGUGCCGUUUGUCGGCCAAUAUUUUCUGAACAGGGGGACUGCCUAUUUGAUGGGAAGAUUGGAAUCUUCCCAUUUAUUGAACAAGUUCCUGCCAAACGUAACAGCAAGAACAUACCAGUGGGCACCCUAGAAACCAAGCCAAUUCAGUCAAUUACUAGGGAUGUUAUGAAGGAGAUGUUCAUAAACAAGAUUGUACCAGCAAUCAUAGCAAAGUGGCCUUCGUUUGCAAGUAAACUAAUCUACAUUCAACAAGACAAUGCGAAACCGCAUAUUCAUGACUCGGACCCUGAUUUUAGGGCUGCAGCCACUCAGCAAGGAUUCGACAUAAGAAUAGUUCAUCAGCCACCAAACAGUCUGGACACAAAUGUGAACGACUUGGGAUGGUUUAGAGCUAUUCAAUCGAUUCAAACUGAAAGGGCAUGUUACAACUGUGACGAUCUUGUAAAAGCAGUUGAGGAAUCCUUUGCUCAAUUAUCUCCACAUACAUUGAACAAAGUGUUCCUAAGUUUGCAGUCGUGUAUGGUGGAGAUAAUGAAACAAAAGGGCCAUAAUGCAUACAAGAUCCCACACAUGGGGAAGGAUGCAUUAAUGAGAGCGAACCAGCUCCCAAGGGAUUUGGAAGUGCCUAUAGAGUUGGUGGAUGAGUGCAUAAACUAUUUUAAUGAUAAUGCACCAAUGCAUUUGGUGCAAGAGGUUGUGGAGAAAUUGGGCUAUCCAUUUUCACAACAAGGGCUGCUCAAUGAUUUCCAACAGCUAGGAAUAUAG